CAGCAGCCAGCGUUCAGUUGCCUAACCCAAGUCACUCAUUACCACAUUCCUUUCUCUGCCCAGUUCUUACUAUGAGGUUCUCCGACUUCACUCCCGCCCUUUGGGCCCUGUGGCUCUCGCAAGCCAGUGCCGGCUCCUGCAAGCCCAGCCCUGCCGCUCCUAUCGACGUCGACGUGGCCGUCAUUGGCGGCGGCUCCGGCGGUAUCCAUGCGGCAAUCCAGCUCAAGGAUGCCGGUGCCAAGGUUGUCGUUAUCGAGAAGAAGUCCCAGAUCGGAGGUCACGCCGAAACAUACACCAACCCCGCGACUGGCAUCCCGGCCAACAUAGGCGUCGUCCUCUUCGAAAGCAGCGAGAUUGUCAAGAAGUACUUUGCACGCCUGGGAGUUGCCACAGCCAACCAGAAUCCUGCCACCCUCGUCUCGAAUGCAAAGUCGUAUGACUUCUCACUGGGCAUUCCUAUCCCGGCACAGAAUGCCACUGCUGCGGCUGCCGCGCAGCAAGCUAUUGGAGCUGCCAUUCAGGCCUACUCUCAGAACGUCCUGUCCAAGUACGGGUGGGUGGACCAAGGAUACUUCAUCCCUGAGCCCGUACCUGAGGAGCUCACCAUGCCUUUCGGGCAGUUUGCUCAAAAGUACGACUUCAGCGCCCUCCUGCCUGUCAUCAGCCAGUUCAACUGGUACCCUGGCGACAUCUCCACCAUCCCCGCGAUUUACGGCAUCAAGGGUUUCGGUCCCGGUCUGCUGAGCAGCUUUACGAGCCAGUUCAUCGUCUCUGCGUCUGGCGACACGCGAAGCCUGUACCAUGCAGCCGCAGCCGAGUUGGGUGACAGUGUGCUCCUUGACUCAACCAUUGUCUACGUCAAGCGUGACACGGGCAACUCGAAGACGUCUGGCGUCUCCCUGAUUGUAAAGCAGCCCAACCAGCCGUCCAAGAUCAUCCGAGCUCGCAAGCUCCUCAUUGCCAUUCCCCCAACCUUGGAGAACGUCGGGUCCUUCGACCUGUCCAAGGCAGAGCGCAAGCUGUUCUCCAAGUUCUCUGCCCUCGGAUACUGGGCCGGCGUUGCGGAUAUUCCUGGCAUGGACGGGAGUCUCCAAAACGUUGGAGCCCUCACGCCGUACAACACGCCCGUCAUUCCGGGAGAUAACGGCUUCUUCACCACCGGAUCUCCCAACCAGUUCCUGCUCGGCGUGGCCUUUGACAACACCCAAUAUACUGACGAUGAUGCUAAGGCCGUCGUGCGUAAGGAGCUGGCCACCCUCGCCGCUGUUGGUGCAGUGCCGGCGGACGCAGCGCAGAAGGUUACCUUCCCGUACACCUCGAACCACGCGCCUUACAACGUCCGUGUGUCGGGUAAGGAUAUUGGUGCGGGCUUCUAUCGCGAGUUUCUGGGUCUGGAGGGCUCGCGCAACACUUACUGGACCGGCGCCGCGUUCGCUGGUCACAACAGUGGAUUGAUCUGGACGUGGAACGAGGGCACCGUGGUGCCCGCCUUGAAGAAGGGUCUCGGCCUUUGA